AAAAGGUUCUUGGAUGGUUACAACAUUACGUCCAGUAAUGCUCGUUUCCCUCCCGAGGUCUGGCAACACUGGCCGUGGCAGCAGUGGAGGAACAGAGCGCAGCCGCAGAUCGUCCGGUUCCUGCCUCAGUCAUUUCUGCGAUCUUCAGCUCGUCGGCGCGACGUCCUGGGCAAAUACAGGGGCAUAACAACUUCACGACACCCCGACUCGGCGUAGUUAAACUGCUUUAAAUACAGACGGGUCACAGAGAGCGAACAAAAUGCCUGCGGUGUCCAAAGGGGAUGGAAUGCGUGGCCUGGCCGUGUUCAUCUCUGACAUCAGGAACUGUAAAAGUAAAGAGGCAGAGAUUAAGAGGAUAAACAAAGAACUGGCAAAUAUCCGUUCCAAAUUUAAAGGAGACAAGGCGCUAGAUGGCUACAGUAAGAAAAAGUAUGUUUGCAAGCUGCUCUUCAUCUUUCUUCUGGGCCAUGAUAUUGACUUUGGACACAUGGAGGCUGUCAACCUCCUCAGCUCCAACAAGUACACAGAGAAACAAAUAGGUUACCUAUUCAUCUCAGUGCUCGUGAACUCCAAUAGCGACUUGAUCCGUCUGAUCAACAACGCCAUCAAGAAUGACUUGGCCAGCCGCAAUCCAACCUUCAUGAACCUGGCCCUGCACUGCAUUGCUAACGUGGGCAGCAGAGAAAUGGCUGAGGCUUUUGCUUCUGAAAUUCCCAGGAUCUUGGUGGCAGGGGACACCAUGGAUAGUGUAAAGCAGAGUGCAGCGCUGUGUCUGCUGCGACUCAACAGGUCAUCUCCUGACCUAGUGCCCAUGGGUGAUUGGACAGCACGAGUGGUCCACCUUCUCAAUGAUCAACACCUGGGUGUGGUAACAGCAGCCUCCAGCCUCAUUACCACCCUGGCCCAGAAGCAACCAGAUGACUUUAAAACAUCUGUUUCUCUGGCUGUGACCAGGCUCAGUAGGAUUGUGAGCUCUGCCUCCAUUGACCUACAGGAUUAUACAUACUACUUUGUUGCCGCACCAUGGCUGUCUGUCAAACUUCUGCGCCUGCUGCAGUGCUACCCCCCACCCGAGGAUGCUGCACUGCGAGGCCGUCUGACCGAGUGUCUGGAGACCAUCCUCAACAAAGCCCAGGAGCCACCCAAGUCUAAGAAGGUCCAGCAUUCCAAUGCAAAGAAUGCUGUUUUAUUUGAAGCUAUCUCCCUUAUCAUCCACCAGGACAGUGAGCCCACUCUGUUGGUACGAGCCUGCAAUCAGCUAGGACAGUUUCUGCAGCACAGGGAGACCAACCUUCGCUACCUGGCUUUGGAGAGCAUGUGCACACUGGCCAGCUCAGAGUUUUCUCAUGAGGCAGUGAAGACGCAUAUAGAAACUGUGAUCAAUGCACUAAAGACAGAGCGAGACGUGAGUGUUCGCCAGAGAGCUGUGGACCUGCUCUAUGCCAUGUGUGACCGCAGCAACGCCAAGCAGAUUGUGGCUGAGAUGCUGAGCUACCUGGAGACCGCUGACUACUCAAUCAGAGAGGAGAUAGUGCUUAAAGUGGCUAUUCUAGCAGAAAAAUACGCUGUGGACUACACCUGGUAUGUGGACACCAUCCUCAACCUCAUCCGCAUUGCUGGUGACUAUGUCAGUGAGGAGGUGUGGUACCGCGUCAUCCAGAUUGUUAUAAACAGAGAUGAUGUCCAGGGCUAUGCUGCCAAGACAGUUUUUGAGGCCUUACAGGCUCCUGCCUGCCACGAGAACCUGGUUAAAGUUGGUGGUUAUAUCCUGGGAGAAUUUGGUAACCUCAUUGCUGGUGACUCGCGCUCAAGUCCACUGGUCCAGUUCAACCUUCUUCACUCCAAGUUCCACCUGUGCUCUGUUCCAACCCGGGCUCUGCUGCUUUCUGCCUACAUCAAGUUCAUUAACUUGUUUCCAGAAGUGAAGGCCACCAUCCAAGACGUCCUGCGGUCAGAUAGCCAGCUCCGCAAUGCAGAUGUAGAGAUUCAGCAGAGAGCUGUCGAGUACCUGAGGCUCAGCUGCGUUGCCAGCACUGACAUACUGGCCACGGUCUUAGAAGAAAUGCCUCCAUUCCCAGAGAGAGAGUCUUCGAUCCUGGCCAAGCUCAAGAAGAAGAAGGGACCAGGCAAUCUGCCUGAAACAAAUGACAGCCGGAGGAAUGGAAAAGUUAAUGGCAGCACCGAACCCAGCGAGAAAAUGGAGAGCAGUAACCAGUGUUUUCCUUCACUGUUUGCAGACCUUCUUCCUACCAACAGACCCCGCCCUGCCCCCUCUAGCUCCAUCAUGCCCUCUGCUGGGACUGUGGUCUCCACUCAUCCUUUCACAGACGUACUAAAUCUGAACCCUGCGCCUUCCACGGGAGCCAGUCUGUUGAUCGACGUCUUUUCUGAAACCUCCAUUGAAGCAUCAACUGAGAUGUCCGAGGAUAGUUUUCACAGGUUUAUUUGUAAAAACAAUGGCGUCCUGUAUGAGAAUCACCUCCUUCAGAUUGGACUGAGGUCUGAGUACAGACAGAACUUGGGUCGCAUGUAUAUCUUCUAUGGCAACAAGACAUCGGCCCAGUUGCUCAACUUCUCCUCGUCGGUAACCAGUUCCGACGCACUCAAGGCUCAGCUGAAUGUCCAAAGUAAGGCAGUAGACCCUGUCAUUGAAGGUGGGGCUCAGGUUCAGCAGAUCAUCAACAUUGAGUGCGUGUCCGAUUUCACAGAUGCUCCAGCGCUCAACAUCCAGUUCAGGUGCAGUGGGACUCUUCAGAACAUUAGUGUGAAACUUCCUGUGAUGCUGAACAAGUUUUUUCAGCCCACAGAGAUGACAUCCCAAGACUUCUUUCAACGGUGGAAACAGCUUGGAGAUCCUCGACAGGAGGUUCAGAAAAUCUUCAAAGCCAAACACCCCAUGGACAAAGAUCUCACCAAGUCCAAGAUCGUAGGCUUUGGUGUUGCUUUGCUGGAUGCGGUGGAUCCCAAUAAUGAAAACUUUGUGGGGGCUGGAAUCAUUCACACCAAGAACACUCAGGUUGGCUGCCUCCUCAGACUGGAACCCAACAUACAAGCACAGAUGUACCGCCUCACCCUUCGGACCAGCAGGGACACCGUCUCUCAGAGACUGUGCGAUCUCCUCGCAGAACAGUUUUAAACUCAACACCCAACACAGACACUGCUUUAUUUGUUUUUGUUGACAUUUACUUUGCUAGAACAAUUUUAGAUUGAAGUUGAUGUUUUGUACAGUGUACAUUGUUUUUGUAAAAUUGAAUGACUUGUGAAUGAAGUGAAAUGUGUUUUUCACUUAAAGCUUUACUAGUAUGUCACAGAUUCAAACCAAGCUUAUACUAGAAGUGUGUGUGUGUGGUGGUAUAUUGCACUGUGAACCUUAGCCAGCAGGUUGCAAGGGGUUUAGAAGGAGUGCUGCUCUGUUUCAGUGUCAAACCAAUCCAUGCUUUGGGUAGUGUUAUUACACACUUUUGAAAUUACACAGUCAUUGGGAAUAUUCUUAAUAUCUGUGAGACAUUUAGUUAUGCAGUGACAAAUGUUACUACUUCUUACCCACUUUUGUUUUUAUAUGUUUUACAUGAUGUGUCAUCUCAGUAUGGAAAUCAAACAUUUGCAUUCUUUUUAUUUAUUUUUUUUUUCAGAAGCAGACUUUGAAUGUUAGUUUUUGUGGCGAUAGCUUUUAUUCACCAAAAAUGCAACACGUAGAAUUCAAACACUAAAACAAAACCACAAACGUUAGUACGGAACACUAAGCGCAGAUGGGUUUGAUCACUGUCUGACUUAACUCUACACAUAUGUGCCUGUGAACUUCUACUCUGUGAACAACAGAAUGAAAUAUAUUCAUUCAUCAAAUAAAAUUACGUCUAAAGCACUGCCACUCAUAUUUUCACCUAAAUGCAUUUCACGACAGCACUGCUACAAUGUUAUUAUACUUAUUGAAAUGUACACGUAGCAUUUUGUGUUACUCCUGCUUUGUAAAAUCAUCUUUUGUGUAGUCAUUGAUAUCACUGCGUUGCCUUGUUCUUACUGGCCUGUACUGGAAACAAGCAUGAGAUAGUCAAGCAAUGUCUAUAUGUGUAAAAUGUGAUGUUGUUGCUCAGCAGACCUUUAGCACCUGACUCUACAGUUCAGCCCUUUGUUUUAGUUUUAUACCUGUCAUAUCUGUCAAAACUGACUCUGACCUCUCUAAUCUAAGUUACUCAUCAUCAACAGUCAGCUACUGUUAGCGAAGUGCACAUCAUCCAGAAACAAACCAAAGAGAAAGGUAACCAGCUGGUCACAUGAUGGGGCAGAUUAGACACCCUUUACCCGCUGUUGAAGGACAUGGGACAUUCUAAACCCCAACAAUCAAGCGUUGUACACGGUGGGCUGUAAGGAUAUUUCUUGCUUGUCAUUAGGUUCUAUUGAUGCUUGUGUUUGUUAAUAGAAAACCUAGUUCGGGUCCUUGGAUGCGUUUUGUGUUCUCAGUGCUUCCUGCCAGUUUUGUGCCUUCCAGUUGGUGUCAAGCCUCAAUCUUGUGUGACAGACACAUGACUACAAUGAAUUUUGGGAAAAUACCAUUUAUGCUGUUACUAUUCAAGUGUCAUUUCAAAAUUCACAUUUUGUUUUUAUGAAUAAAAAAAAACUAUGUAACA